CACGCGAGGACCCAAAAUGUGGUCGAACGCAUCAUUUGCAUUUUAAAACGUAGAUUCGUUGUCCUUCAUUUGUGUGCGGACUUCGAGCUUACCAACAGCAAAGCAGUGAUCUUCGCGUUAAUGUGCGUACACAACUUCCUACGGCGAUUCAGAAGGUAG